UCAGAGUUGACAAGACAUUUUCCAGAGCCAGGAGUUUGUGGAAACAGGAUGGAGGAGAGCCCUGCAUCUCUAACACACUAGAUCCAUCACUCUUCCAGCCUUCUCUGCCCCACAGCGGCCCUGCGUUCCUCAAGAGCAACAGAAUGGACGAGCAGCGAUGCACUUUUCCUCCUCCUCUCAAAACUGAGGAAGACUACAUCCCAUACCCCAGCGUCCAUGAGGUUCUUGGCAGAAAGAGUCCAUUUCCCUUGAUUUUGCUGCCCCAGUUUGGGGGUUAUUGGAUUGAAGGGACCAAUCAUGAGCUGAGCAAUGGGAAUGACCCGGAGCAAUUCGUGUCUCCCACCUCACGCUACAAAUUGGAGUGCAACACCACCGCUAAGAUCUACAGGAAACAUUUUCUGGGCAAAGAACACUUUAAUUACUAUACAGUGGACAGUGCCCUCGGCCACCUGGUGUUCUCCAUGAAAUAUGAUGUUAUUGGGGACCAAGAGCAUCUCCGGCUCAUGCUCAGAACAAAAAUGAAAACACAUCAUGACGUGAUACCAAUAUCUUGUCUGACCGAAUUCCCCAACAUUGUCCAGAUGGCCAAGCUUGUCUGUGAAGAGGUGAAUGUGGACCGAUUUUUCCCGGUGCUUUACCCAAAGGCUUCCAGGCUCAUCGUCACUUUCGACGAACACGUCAUUAGCAACAACUUCAAGUUUGGAGUCAUUUAUCAGAAGUUUGGACAGACCUCAGAGGAGGAGCUGUUUGGGAAUAACGAGGAGGGUCCUGCUUUUGUGGAGUUUUUAGAGUUUCUGGGACAGAAAAUCGAGCUUCAUGACUUCAAAGGGUUUCGUGGAGGGUUGGAUGUAACACAUGGACAGACCGGCUCUGAGUCUGUCUACCAUAAUUUCCACAACAAAGAGAUCAUGUUCCACGUGUCGACUAAGCUGCCUUACACAGAGGGUGAUACACAGCAGCUGCAGAGGAAGAGGCAUAUUGGAAAUGACAUUGUGGCCAUCGUGUUUCAAGAGGAAAACACUCCAUUUGUGCCAGACAUGAUUGCCUCCAACUUCUUGCAUGCAUAUGUAGUGGUGCAGGUGGAGAAUGCCUGCUCUGAUGAUGUCCUCUACAAGGUUUCAGUAACAGCGAGAGAUGACGUUCCCUUCUUUGGACCACCUCUUCCCAAUCCAGCCGUUUUUAAGAAAGGUCCAGAGUUCCAUGAAUUCUUGCUUUCUAAGCUGAUCAAUGCUGAAUAUGCGUGUUACAAAGCUGAAAAAUUUGCCAAAUUAGAGGAGCGCACCCGGUCUGCCUUGCUGGAGACGCUGUAUGAGGAGCUGCACAUCAACAGUCAGGCCAUGAUGGGACUGGGAGGAGAAGAGGACAAACUGGAAAAUGGAGGAGGAGGAGGAGGAGGAGGCUUCUUUGAGUCCUUUAAGCGGGUGAUCCGCAGCAGGAGCCAGUCAUUGGACACCAUGGGCCUCAAUAUCAGGAAGUACACAGUCUCCAAUAGUCACAGCGGCAGUUUCGCCCACAACAACAACAACCUCCACUCACCAGAGACCCCCAAACCCCCUGGGAUAUCAUUGCUUGUCCCAGGCAAAAGUCCCAGUAAAUAUGGACGGCGUGGCAGUGCCAUAGGAAUAGGAACCAUAGAAGAGUCUUUGAUUAUUCCCGGAAAAAGCCCAACCAGGAAAAAGUCAGGACCUUUCAGUUCUCGGCGUAGCAGUGCUAUCGGCAUUGAGAACAUCCAGGAGGUCCAGGAGAAGAGCAGCAGAGAGUGUUCGCCAAGCACACAGAAGACCCCUGACAGUGGCCAUGCCUCCCAGGACCCCAAGUCAGAGAAUUCAUCCAAUCAGAGUUCUCCUGAGGUCCUCAUCACAAAGAACAGCUCGAACCUGUACUGUCGAGCUCCCUCCAUCCCUGAGGCUCAUGAUCUGUCCCGCUCCUCCUCCAAUGCCAGCAGCUUCGCCAGUGUGGUGGAGGAGAACGAAACAGAGGCCACAGAGGACUAUGACACCGGCAUGGAGAGUCUGUCAUCAGCAGAUACUCCUCAUAAACGAGACUCAUUCACAUACAGCACAUGGCUGGAGGACAAUAUGAGCACGAACAGUACCACCAGCAGAGGGAGCUCUCCUGGUCCAGGCAGAAAUCAGCAAACGGAUGGUGGAAAGAACCAAGAUCAAAACCGUACAGACAUCCGCAUCAAACUUGAGCGACCACAUGACCACAAAUCCUCAUCGAACUGCUAGCCUUUCCUGUUCGACCACCUUAUGGACACCCAACAACAGCAUUUCCAUUAUAAAAACCAAGGAGAGCUCGAGAUUGUGCCAUUACUUGAUGAUGAAGAAGAGGAUGACGACACCAGUCGUCAGCAGGAGCGACAUAUACAUGACCCUGAAACGUGAUCAUGUGACCAUUUGCCUUGUCAGCACAUCACUACCCUCACAGGCCUGACCAGAACCGGUACGGUGUAAAGUACAGCCAAAACCUGGCCCUCCUUCAGGCUUGUCCUUUAUUGUCCUCUUCUGUGAGUACAUCAGUAAAUGAAUGAGAAGCUCCUCUUACGUCACUGAGCUCAUGAAAGGUGAAACUAGCUGGUCCUAACACUGUGCUAAAAUUUAAUUAUACAAAGUUUUCUCCUAAAGGACUUUUCUCCUGCUUGCACGAUGAAAGCUUUUUUUCAGCUCUGUCCCAAAUGGAAAAAAGGCUGCAUAGAGCAUCCUUCUGAAAACUGCAAUGACAAAUGGGAUACUGUGAGGUUUUGAGGACAUCACAAACAUGCUGUCGUUGCACGUCUGCAAGAGACAGUAUAUGUGCCUGUUUGGGACAGGGCCAUUUCUCAUCUUCUGAUAUUGAUGUUUUUUUCAUUAAGAUUCCAGGUGUGAAAACCCUUGAUCUGAUUUAUUGCAACCCAUAAGUGCUGUGCAGAUACAUCGUUUGGCAUUAUUUAAGAGUAACUCCAAUCCAAAGGUUUUCUUGCAGAGAAAAAAAAUCAUUAACGAUGCUGAAAUAAUAACCACUGAAUAAAUAGAAUGAAUAAGAUUCCAGCAA